AUGCACAUUUACAAUGAAGACAUACCAAAACUCGCUGCAGAGUUUAAGAAGAGAUAUGGUCGCGAACUUAUUGGAAAGAAUUUAGGUCAGUUCCAUUCCGACUUUGCAGAAAUCACAAAAGGUAAACAAAGUUUAGCUUAUAAGUCGAUAUUUUGUGGAAAGAAGACUUACAUUGACUUACUCACUAAUGAUUUAAAUGAAGUUGCAUUUCACUGCAGAAUGAAAGGCGUAAAACAAGAUGUUAUAGCUUUAACAGCAAAUGAAAUGUUUCCUGAAGCAGUUAAAUGCGUUUAUGAUGAAGAUAAAGGAUUAAUGAUUCCUUAG